UGACAACCACCACUCUGAUCCUACUGCUGAAACCCAGCCAUAUGGUGGCUCCUGCUGAAGCCUCAUUGGACAGCUUCUGCUUUUCUGAUUUCAGGCCUGGGUGAUGUGGCGGCUCUGAGCUUCAUCACUGACCGAGAGCAGUGCGCUGACAAACACGGCGGGGCUGAUGGAGGUUCCAGCUCGGAGUGACCACACGGCUGUCCUGUUUGGAAAUGUGCUGUACGUGUGGGGAGGCUGUCAGUAUGUGAAUGGAGAAGAAGUUGUUCUACCCAGUGAUGAGAUCUGGCUCUAUGAUAUGGAAAGUGGACUCUGGGCUCGCAGGGGAAUGGGUGGGGAGGUUCCUCCUCUGCUCUCUCAGACAUGUGGCUCGUUCCUCCAGGGUGUGCUCUAUGUUUUCGGGGGCUGUGACAGCAAUGGCCACACCAACCAGAUGUAUUGUGUAGACUUGCAGGAUGGAAAGUACACCUGGAAGAAAGUGACAGGCUAUGUGGGAACCCCUCCCUCCCCCAGAGACAGGCACUCCUGCUGGGUCUACAAGGACAGGCUCAUUUAUUUUGGUGGAUAUGGAUGCAAAAAAGAUAGACAGGUCAGCAACUUCAAGAGCUUCACAGUGGACGAGACCUCAUGGGCGGUUAUUGGUAGUGAGUUUUUCCAGUUCUGGGGCUGGAAUAAUGAAGUUUAUAUGUUUGAGCCCAGCUCUGCCACAUGGACUGAGCCACAAACCCAGGGCCAGCCUCCUGAGCCAAGGUCAUCCCAUGCUAGUGCCACUCUGGGCAACAAGGGCUACAUCUGUGGAGGACUGGAAACAGAAACUAUAGACAUUCACUGUUUAGACCUGGUCUCAUGGACAUGGUCCCAUAUGGAGCCCCUGGCCAAUUCUCUGCCAAAAGGCCGCUCUCUACACACGCUGACCCCUAUGUCACACAACACACUCUUCCUUUUCGGUGGUCUCAGCACUUCUGGACAGGUUCUCAAUGAUAGCUGGGAAUUUGACACUGCAACGGGAGAAUGGAAAGAGAGGCAGCAUCCUCACAAAGACAAGCCCAGGUUAUGGCAUUCAGCAGUACAGGGGAAGGACAACGAUGUGGUGGUUUUUGGAGGAAGCAGUGACUAUGUCGUGAUAAUGGAUUCGAUUGCAGCACUCAGGCGUCCGUCUCAGAGCCACUGCAGAGAUGUGCUGGUGUUUCAGACGCAGCCCUACUCCCUGUCCAGAUUAUGUGAGGACUGCAUAGGAAAACACGCAUCUGCUCUACAGGAGCUAGCAUCAUGCUUACCGCUCCGAGUUCAGGAAACACUUCACAAGAGGAUGUCGUACUUCAGCACACUUACGAAACAGCAGUAGAAAACCACCUUCACAUGAGCACACAUGGAUAUUGCGUAAACAGCAUUGUAUCAUCUUCUUCUGGUCUACUGUUGCAACAUGCAUUUAGAAACAACAGAAAGACUGGAAUGUAUAUUUUCUAUCUUGGAAAUUAUUAGCAGCUUUGUUCAUAAAUGCUAACAGGUUAUUACUAUGUACCUCUUUUGUAUUAUCAUGUACAUAAAAUGACAACAGAUGUGCCUUGGUUUUAAAGGAAUCUGCAGAGAUGUAUAUUGUUGAUGUUUAGCUGUAAAUGUUUACUGUAUCUUGAAAAGCAAAUAAUUAUUGCAAUAAAUGUCUGAAAUGCCAUGCUUUUUAAUCAGCCACCAAAAAAGAAUUAAAGUAAUAUUGGUUUGAAUUCUGUGACUUUUGAUGAAAAGAGUUACU